AUGGAGGCGCCACCAUCUCCAAGCGAGACCAUUUCUAUCGUCGUCAAAUCACCGAACCAGCUUCAAGAAGACCAAACUAUAAAUGGCGUCAAUGUCAACUGGACUGUAAAGGACUUGAAACUACACCUAUCUGCUGUGUACCCUUCCAAACCGGCGCUGAAUGAACAGAGACUGAUCUACUCUGGCAAACUGCUCCCUGACCACCUCCACAUUAGAGACUUCUUCAGACAGACUGAUUUCGCUCUGACAUUACACCUGGUGUGUGCAGUGAAGAGCACCCCACAGCCGACUAUGGCUGCACAUAGUAUAGAGCCCGGGACCUCACACGCCUCACCUUCCGUAAGUGCCUCCACAUCCGGGUCCCAGGAUCAGACGGUCCCAGAGCUGAGACAGAGGAGAGCGCCUGUUCCUCCCACUGGAGCUCCAGAGUGGACCCAAAUGCAUGGUGGUCCAGCAAUGACACCCCCAUCAUUCCCCACAUACACUUUGUACAGCCCCCAGCAGCUUCUCUGGCUACAGCACGUCUAUGCACGCCACUAUUAUAUGCAAUAUCAUGCAGCAUUGGCAGCAGCAAGCACCGGGCCUCAGCACCAAACCUCCGCCACCAUCGCCCAGUACCCUCCGGUCCCAGCACCGCAUCAAGUUCCUGUUCCUGUGCCCGCUCCUCUGGCCAAUCAAAACCCGAUCGACAACCUGCCAGCAAAUCAGAACCCAGCUCCGGACGCGGCCUUCAUCGAUCCCGGCGUGGCCAAUCAGAACAUGCGGAUGAACGCGCAGGGCGGACCCGUGAUGGAGGACGAGGAGGACAUUGAACGGGAUUGGUUGGACUGGUUUUACUCGGCUGCCAGAUUGGGGGUUCUGCUCAUGAUUGUUUACUUCAACUCUAACCUCAGCCGCUUCCUACUGGUCAUGGGCAUGUUGUUCUUCAUGUACAUGCACACUAUGGGAUGGUUUCCUUUCAGAAGGCGGGCGCUUCCAAUCCAACCCCCCAACCCUCCUCAAGGACCCCAGAACCAGAACCCAGAACCUGCUGCGGAUGAGGUGGAGAGACCCGGUGAUGAUGUUUCUGAAGAGAACUCUGACGCUGCACCUGAGAGAGCGGUGCUGGUGCCGCCUCACCCCGUGUCCGCCGUACGUAAAUGUAAUGGGACGUCAUUUCUGAAAGUGAGGGUAGCCAGAGUUUACAUAGGGGAAGGCUUUGCUCUGUUCGAACAGUUCAUUUGUCGCUGGCCAGAAGUUCUCACAGCUGGAUAG